AUGCGCAGCCCUGCCCUCGAUCUCAGCAUGUUCCACGAUCCUUCGGCCUAUCCCAAGCCCAACUACCCGAUCUUCAAUGGUGGCAUCCCCUUCAAAAAGGAAAACUUGCCGUAUUUCUUCGUCUUCGAAUGGGAGCUGGCCGGGGAAUGGGCCGAAGACGCCCAGUGGUGGUUCAUGGACUAUUGGACCCUCUCCUUCGUCUUCGUCGCCCUCUACCUGAUCCUCGUGUUCUGGAGUCGGCGGUGGAUGGCAUCCCGCCCGCCCUACGAUCUGCAGAAACCCCUCAUCGCCUGGAAUUUUUUUUUCUCCGUCUUCAGCAUCCUUGCGGUUUAUCGGGGUAUCCCUGAGGUGUACCGAAGCAUUCGACAUGAUUCCCUCUACUACUCGAUGUGCUUGGGAAUGAAUCUACGACACAAUCCAGUGGCGUCGGUCUGGGCCAUCUUGUUCGUCAUCUCCAAGGUUGUCGAGCUGGGAGACAAGGCGUUCAUCGGAAUCUCAACAUCUCGCUACUUCGUCACCCUCAACGCUCUAGCCCACGCCUUCAUGUAUCCCUACUACACCGCACGAGCAGCGAAGGUCCACGUCCCCCGCCGCCUCGCCAUGGCCAUCACCCUCUUCCAAAUCACCCAGAUGAUCUUCGGCAUCUACGCUAACGCCUACGCCUACUUCGCGAUGAGGGCUGGCCUCCACUGCGAGACCCCGUGGGAAAACAUCUACAUCUCUGCUCUCAUGUACCUCUCCUACUUCCUGCUCUUCCUCAACUUCUUCGUCGACGCCUAUCUCAGACGCACCUUAAACAAAAUGAAGACCUUUGCCGCUCAGGGCACGAACAUCGGGGAAGAACUCACGGAUUACCUCAAAAUCAAUUGA